GCAGAAUAUAAUAAUGCGAGAUCAAGUUGAUCCCGUUUCGAAAAAUAAAAAAAUAUUAUAAGGUGCACGAUGCUGUUGGCCUAACAAUUGCAAACAUUGUAAAUCGAUCUACUCGUAAUAAUCUUCCUCUCAUCGCAAAAAUGAAAUUUUAUUUUUCCGCAUUUUCAAAUUUAGUUAUAUUAUUAUCCAUAUGUUUCACAACUCAAUCUUCCAGCUCAGAAAUAAUUCAACUACCCCAGUCAAUUUUAACGCUUUCCGUCACUGACUACGGCGCCGUCGGCGACGGCGUUCACUACGACACUCCGUACAUCCAAGCCGCCGUCAACGACUGCCACGCUCUCGGCGGCGGCCACGUCAUCUUCCCGCCGGGAAGGUACCUAACGGCUACAAUAUUCCUGAAAUCCGGCGUGGUAUUGGAAGUGCAAGAGAAUGCGACGAUCCUGGGAGGAACGAAGCAGAGGGAUUAUCCGGCGGAGAAUAGCCGGUGGUACGUGGUGGUGGCGGAGGAUGCGGAGAAUGUGGGGAUCACCGGCGGCGGGGAGAUUAAUGGACAGGGGUUGAAGUUUGUUAAGAGAUUUGAUGAGAGGAAAAAUGUUAUGGUGAGCUGGAAUACAAGUGGGGCCUGUUUGGGUGAUGAGUGUAGGCCCAGGCUCGUGGGAUUUUUACGCAGUAAAAAUGUUCGGGUUUGGAAUGUGAACUUGAUUCAGCCUGCGUACUGGUGCUUGCACCUGGUACAGUGUGAAAAUUCAUUGAUACAUGAUGUCUCAAUAUAUGGAGAUUUCAAUACACCAAACAAUGAUGGAAUAGAUAUAGAUGAUUCCAAUAAUACAUUCAUUACUAGAUGCAACAUUAACACUGGAGAUGAUGCUAUUUGCCCAAAAACAUAUGAUGGUCCUCUCUAUAACCUUACCGCGACUGAUUGUUGGAUUCGAACAAAAUCUUCAGCUAUCAAACUUGGAAGUGCUAGCUGGUUUGACUUCAAGGGUCUGGUUUUUGAUAAUAUCACCAUAGUAGAAUCUCACAGAGGACUUGGUCUACAGAUUCGAGAUGGAGGAAAUGUAAGUGAUAUAACUUUCUCAAAUAUAAAUAUCACCACAAGAUACUAUGACCCGUCAUGGUGGGGAAGAGCAGAACCUAUAUAUGUGACAACCUGCCCCAGAAAUGAAGAUUCGAAAUCGGGUUCAAUAUCCAAUCUACUAUUUGUUAACAUCACUGCAACUUCAGAAAACGGUGUCUUCUUAUCUGGAUGUAAAGGUGGAACUCUGCGCAACUUGAAAUUUGAGAAUGUGAAUCUCACUUACAGGAGAUGGACAAAUUAUAUGGAUGGUUUAGUAGACUACAGGCCAGGAUGUCAAGGACUAGUUAAUCAUAGUUCUGCCGGUUUUCUAAUGGAACAUAUCGACGGAUUUGAAGCUGUAAAUGUGAAUAUGGGAUGGGGAGAAGAACACUUGGGGAGGUGGAACACUCCUUUGGAUUUCAAGCCUUCAACUGUAAAUAACAUCUCUUUAAUUAAUUUCCACUCCGGUUUAUUCAAACAGUGACGGUCUCGAGAGGCCGUCAAUUCAUUCUUUUGAUCAAACAAGAGUUAAAUUAUACUCUAUAUAAAGUUUCCCAGGGGAGAAGCUCUUUAUUCUGAGAUGAUGGAGCUUAAAUAAACUUAUAUCUAUUGAUUUAAAGUUUUAGAA